AUGGAAGAGCCAGAAACGAAAGGCUUGCGUUCACCAAAUGGAUUAGAUACUAAGAUUAAUGUCAUGGACUUCAUGGUUUUGGAUGACGAUGGGGAAGGGAUCUUUGAUGUAAAAGAGUAUGCAAAAGGGAUUCUGCAUCCAUCUCCUGAUGCCGACGGAGGGCACUGUCCUAUGGAUGUGGACUUGAAAGGAAUACCAUCUAUGGAAGAUGAAGAAGAAGUGAAGUCUUCUUCAAACCCACCUGCACAAGUGCCAACUGACAUCAGCGUUGAAAGCCUGGAGAAGUUUUGCAAAGAAGCGGCAAGAUCAUUCUUCAAUGAAAGAGGACUAGUCAGUCAUCAGAUAAACUCCUAUAAUGAUUUUGUCGACCAUGGACUCCAGGAGCUCUUUGAUUCCCUGGGGGAAAUUACCGUUGAGCCUGAUUAUGAUCCUUCAAAGAAUGUAGGUGGUGUGUGGAGACAUGCAACCAUCAAGUUUGGUAGAGUGAAGCUUGAGAGGCCGGAGUUUUGGGCUGACAACUGCGAUCUCGAUGAGCAGACACUCAUUAUGAAGCCUGUACAUGCCCGCCUUCAGAAGAUGACAUAUUCUUCGAAGAUGAACGUAGAAAUGACUGUUCAGGUUUACUCACUUGGGCAAGGCGACGGAUCGAAAACCGGAAAAGAACCAUAUAUCCCGAAGAAAGUUAUAUUACCUCCAGAAACUAAAUGGGUCACUGUUGGUAGGUUACCUGUCAUGGUGAAGUCAAAAUUGUGCUGGCUGCAUGAACUCAGGGAAACUGAGUGCCAGUUUGAUUCUGGUGGAUACUUUAUAAUAAAGGGAAUGGAAAAGGCAUUUAUUGCUGAAGAACAGAAAUGCUUAUCCAGGAUUUGGGUAAGUGACCUCAAGGGCUGGUAUGCCUGUUACUUGUCUCAAAUCAAAGAAGAAAAUGUCUAUGUUAACCUUGUUCAGUCUAAAGAGAAUGGUGGUUUCCACAAAGUCAUUAACCUGUCCUUCUUGAGUGCGACUAUUCCCAUAUGGAUAAUGUUUUUUGCACUGGGUGUAUCAUCAGAUAAGGAAGCUUUUGAUAUGAUUGACAUACAAGAUUGUGAUUCUUCUUUGGUAAACAUAAUAUCAGCAACCAUAAAAGAAUCUCAGGCACAAUGUGAAGCCUUCCGCAUAGGAGAUAGAGCCCGUCAAUAUGUUGACAAGUUUAUCAAAGAAACAAAGUCUCCACCAGAACAACCCUUUGAUGGAUAUGUGGGUAAGUACCUAUUUCCUGGUGUCAGUGGCAAUAGGUCCAAAGCAAUUUUCUUGGGCUACAUGAUGAAACGUCUACUAAUGGCCUACUGCCGCCGCUGGGAAUGUGACAAUAAAUAUGAUUUCCGGAACAAGAGGCUAGAUCUAGCAUGUCAGCUGCUUCAUAGAGAACUUCGAGGGCAUCUUAAACGUGCAGAGAAACACAUGGUGAAGGUAAUGCAGAGACAUUUGAGUGGUGAUAGUGACUUACAAGUUCUCGAACAUUAUGUUAAUGCGUCAACUAUUACCAAUGGUCUGAACCAUGCCUUCUCCACCGGUUCCUGGUGCCAUCCAUAUAAAUAUUGUAAGUGCUCAGGGAUUGUUGCAACCCUUAUGAGAACAAAUCCGCUUCAAAUGAUGUCUGGCUUGAGGAAGACAAGACAAUUGUCUUCAUAUUGGGGAAGUGCUGGAGAUGCUAGAUAUCCGAAUCCUUCUUACUGGGGAAGGCUAUGUUUUAUGUCUACUGCUAAUGGUGAAAGUGGAUUUGGGAAGAAUCUAGCUGUUAGUGCUGUGGUUAGCUCUGUAAUGAGUGCGCCCUUGCUUGACUUAUUUGUUUCUUGUGGAAUGAAGAAACUGGAUGAAGUUCUUGUACAAGAGCUUGGCGGUACAGAUAAGAUUUUCAUGAAUGGAAAUUUGGUUGGUGCGUGUGCAUACCCAAGCGAAUUUGUUAUGCAUCUAAGGAAUAUGAGGCGUAGCAAGCAAAUUGAUGCACAGGUGGAAAUCAAAAGGGACAAGCAACAUAAGGAAGUUCGCAUCUUUUCUGAUGCAGGGAGAAUUCUAAGACCACUUCUUGUUGUUGAGAAUCUUAAAUGCAUCACUAAACUGAAUGCUGGAUCCUACUCAUUGAUGGAACUUAUGCAGCAAAAUAUAAUUGAGCUGAUUGGUGCUGAAGAGGAGGAGGAUAUCCAAUGUGCUUGUGGAAUUAGGGAUCUCUUUUCAGGGGAUAAAAAAGAGGGUCUUUUGUACUAUACCCAUUGUGAACUUGACCCUUCUUUCUUGCUAGGGUUGAGUUGUGGUAUCAUUCCCUUUGCCAACCACAAUGCUGCCAAGAGGGUUUUGAUGGAAGCUAAACUAUCACAACAGGCUAUUGGCUACUCGUCUACAAAUUCUCAGUAUAGAGUUGAUACCGUUUUUCAUCAAAUGUACUAUCCACAGAGACCCCUGUUCAAAACUGUAGUGUCUGACUGUCUUGGUAAGAAAGACCAUACUAGACCAGAGUAUUUCAAUGGCCAAAAUGCAAUAGUCUCAGUCAGUGUUCAUCAAGGAUUUAACCAAGAAGACUCCCUGGUAUUCAACAGGGCUUCUUUAGAGCGUGGUAUGUUCCGAACACUUCAUUUCAGGAGCUACAAAGCACAGACACAAAACAAAGAGGUGACCAGACGACUCAAAAACAGGGAAAAGAUUGAUUUUGGAAAAACCCAAAGCAAGAAAGGACUUGUCGAUAGUCUGGAUGUCGAUGGCUUACCAUAUGUUGGAGCAAAUCUUCGAAGUGGCGACAUUGUCAUCGGGAAGGUCUCAGAGUCUGGUGAAGAUCAUAGUGUGAAGCUUAUGCAUACUGAAAAAGGGCAUGUAGAGAAGGUUGUACUAUCAGCUAAUGAUGAUGGGAACAACUAUGCAGUUGUUACUCUAAGACAGGCCCGCUCACCUUGUGUGGGCGACAAGUUCGCCAGUAUGCAUGGCCAGAAAGGGGUUGUUGGUCUGUUAGAUUCUCAGGAGAACUUCCCGUUUACUUGCCAAGGAAUAGUUCCAGACAUUGUGAUAAAUCCACAUGGCUUUCCAACUCGUCAGACUCCUGGUCAGCUGCUUGAGGCUGCGUUGGGCAAGGGAAUUGCCCUUGGCGGGAUGACUAGAUAUGCCACACCAUUUACCACUCCAUCGGUGGACGUGAUCACGGAGCAGCUGCAUAAGGCUGGUUUCUCAAGGUGGGGAGGUGAGAGCGUUCUGAAUGGUCAAAACGGUGAUAGGAUGCAGUCCUUGGUGUUCAUGGGCCCAACCUUCUACCAGAGGCUGAAACAGAUGUCUGAGGACAUUGUGAAGUUCCGUAACACCGGGCCGGUGCACCCGCUCACGAGGCAGCCAGUGGAGGAGAAGAAGAGGUUUGGCGGUCUCAAGUUCGGGGAGAUGGAGCGCGACUGCCUGCUCGGCCAUGGCGCCACCACGAACAUCAACGAGCGGCUGUUCACGCUAAGCGACCCCUCACAGCUGCACGUCUGUCAGCGGUGCGAGCGGGUGGCGAACGUGAUCGUACGGACUGACGAAGGGAGGAAGGUCCAUGGGCCCUACUGCAAGUUCUGCAAGUCUGCGGAAAAUAUAGUGAAGAUCAAUGUGCCUUACGGCGCAAAGCUGCUCUACCAGGAGCUAUUCAGCCACGGGAUCAUCCUCAAGUUCGAGACCAUAGCCAGUUAG